AUGGAUCAUCUUGAACCAAAUUUGGAAAGGAUCAGGGUCAGGUUAAGAGGCCUUCAGUCGCUUACAACAGCUGAAAUCGACCUGAUCGCCCAAUACCAUGAGUGGUUCACCGCACUGGACGAACGCGAGCGACUAGCUUUGUCUGAGUCCCGCGCUCUUCAACUUCUCGAGGAAGCCUCGAGCGACUAUCAGGUUUACCCCGAUCAGAUGAUGCAGCGUCUUUGGGCUCGGCAGAAGGUAGAGGCUGAGGAGGCUGGACUAGUCGCCCGUACUGAGGAAGACAGCCCCCGUACAUGGACUGAGGACCUAGCUACCUUUGCAAGAGGCUGUCUUAAAGCCCUCAGCGGCGAAACCGUCGACGUUGAUGAUGACAUGGAUGGAUCACGUUCCGGAACUGAGCACGAAGAAGACACUUGUAUGAGUCCUGAUCUUCCGGAGAUCAUAACCUUGUCACCUGAGUUCGCGAGACAUAUGCGAGAUCAAAUCCGGGAUCUCCCUUGCCGAGCAGUCGACUGGGAUUAUCCUCUGGAAAUAUUGAAAGAAGGUACACCUGCGAAGGAGGACGUUUUAUAUGCCAUCAGAGCCAUAAUGUGUGGUUGGGUAAAUGAGCUUAUCAAUGCCAGGGCAGUGUUGGAACAUCGCAUUCGUGGAGUCACUUCCGAGAAUCGAGCAAUUUUCAUGCUUCAAGUACCAACCCAUCUGGCCCGGAUGGUUGGUGUUCUGGAUAUCGAGAAAUAUGGGAAGAUCGGUUCAUAUGAAGAAUGGAAAAGCCUAGAGAAAUGUUUCCCUACCAGAUACAAAUACUUAUGGGACUAUAUCGACUACAUGUGGCCGAUUCUUGCUAUGUACGGGCUUGGAACAUUGUCAGUCGAAACCUUGAUAACAUCUACCAAUCCGACGCAUGCACAAAUCAAAUGGAACUCCUUCUCAAGUUCUCGGUUGAUUUGCAUACCAUCCGAUUCGAUCAUCAUCCAAAUGGCCGUCCCCGCUUCUGAGUAG